AUGGAGGAGACGUAUAGAUUGAGAUUCUCGAUCCAUCCCGGGGCUACUAAGAUGUAUUUGGACCUGAAGAGAGAUUAUUGGUGGCCCUGUAUGAAGAGGGACGUUGCGUGGGUAGUCGAGAGGUGCUUGACAUGUCGCCGGGUUAAGGCCGAUCACCAGCGUCCUCAUGGCAUGUUGCAGCCACUGGAGGUUCCCCAGUGGAAGUGGGAACAAAAUUCCAUGGAUUUUAUCACCAAGUUGCCGAGGACCGCGCGGGGUGUCGACGUGAUUUGGGUGAUUGUGGACCGGUUGACGAAGAGCGUUCACUUUCUUGCUAUUAGUGAGAGCUCUUCUGCAGAGAAGCUGGCAGAGAUAUAUGUGAGAGAGGUGGUAGCUCGGAAUGGGGUGCCGAUGUCUAUAGUGUCAGAUCGGAAUGUGCGAUUUACUUCCAGAUUCUGGAAGAAGUUCCAUGAGGAGUUGGGUACUCGAUUGCAUUUUAGCACAACCUACCACCCACAGACAGAUGGACAGAGUGAGCGGACGAUUCAGACGCUCGAGGACAUGCUUCGAGCAUGUGUUAUGGACUUCGGUGGAAGUUGGUACACAUACCUACCCCUGGCUGAGUUUUCUUAUAACCACAUCCACCAUUCCAGUAUCGGCAUGCCUCCUUUUGAGCUUCUUUAUGGGAGGAGGUGUCGGACCCCCGUCUGUUGGGGAGAGGUAGGACAGCGAGUGAUGGGUGGAACUGAGAUAGUGCUCAAGACGACUGAGCAGAUUCAGCAGGUUAGACAGAGAUUACUGACGACUCAGAGUCGCCAGAAGAGUUAUGCGGACAGGCGACGAUCCGAGCUAGAGUUUCAGGUUGGGGACUUCGUCCUCCUGAGGGUAUCCCCGUGGAAAGGGGUGAUACGGUUCAGGAAGAGAGGCAAGUUGGGGCCCCGAUACAUCGGUCCCUUCAGGGUAACCGCUAGAGUGGGUAAGGUAGCAUACCCUUUAGAGCUACCUGCGGAGUUGAGCCAGAUCCAUGAUACGUUUUCACGUGUCCCAGUUAAGGAAGUGUGUAGCCGAUGA